CUGGUGCUUUAUAUUCAAAUGAUGAAAUGCAUUCUUUUGAUUUUGGCAUUGUAGGAAGCAGUCCUGUUGCAUCAUCUCCAUUCCGACUGGCUGGAUCAUCACCCCAGAUUCGUGACCUGCAAGUGCAGUUGACUGAGGAGAGGGCAUUAGUUGCAACACUCCAGGCUUCUCUUGAUCAGUCAAAACGUAAUAUUGAAGAGCUCAUGGGGGUCACCAAGCAGCAGGAAAAGCAGUUAGCUGAGUCAAAUGAAGCCUGCAAGAUUGCCCAGGGACAGCUUUCCAAACUUGAAAAGGAAAAGAGUGAAGUGGAAGAAAAACUGGCAAAGACUGAGUCUCAGCUUAGUGAAGCUGUUGAAGAAGCAGAAGCUGUAAAGACUCUUCUUCAGACCCAGCUUGGAAAGAUGCAAGAUGAGUUGCAAGUAGCUCAGAAGAAGUUGAGUGAUGCAAAUGAAGCUCUCACAACAGCUAAAGGAGAAGAAGAAAAGGCAAAGAAGGAAGCCCAACAAAAGGCACAGCUUGCUGGGGAAGUUCAAGAUAAGUAUGAGAGGGAGGUGAUGUUACACGGUGCCGAUUUGAAGGCUUUAGCUGCCUUGAAGGAAAAACAAGCCGAGUACAAUGCAGAACUCCAGCAAGUCACCAUGGCCAAGCUGAAGGCAGAAGAAGCUGUCAGAGACACCCGAUUAGGCUUUGAGGAAAGAGAAAAUCUGCUUCGUCGUGAAAAUAAAGACCUGCUUAUGAGGAGUCAUGAACUUGAGGAGCAGAACAAAGCUCUUCUUGAUCAGUUUACCCAGCUCUCUGACAAGAUGGCUGCCUUGCAGACUAAGCUGUCUGUGCCUGGGGCUGAUAAUCCCAAUGCCUCCUUCACUGAGGAUGAAGCUAGAUCCUCAGAUCAGUUACGAGAAGUCAUCAAAUACCUUAGAAGGGAGCGAGAUGUAGCUGCCGGAAAGUGUGAGGUGGCCUUGGCUGAGGUACAGAGGCUGAUUGCUCAGAAAAAGAUCUUGGAGUCACAGAUAGAACAGGUUACAAAGAGCCUAUCAGAAGAAAGAGAAAAGAGCCAAGCCUCACUAGAUAGUGCAGGACGAUAUGGAGAACUUCUUAGGAAGGUCCACACAAUGGAUGCCCUGGCAGACAGCAACCGUCUCCUUCGUGAAGAGAAAGAAGGCAUGCAAAACACCAUCACUGAAUUCAAGGCAAAAUAUGAAUCUUUGGAAAAGCAGAUUGAACCGCUACAAGAGAAACAAAGGCUUUCUGACAAUAAGAUUGAGUCUUUGAUGCUGGAGAAGAGGAGCAUUGAAAAUGAAAAAGAUCUUUACAAGAAGAGAACACAAGAGUUGGUGGAGAAACUUAACCGUGCCAAACCAGAGGACUUCAUUAGGCUACAGCAGGAAGUAGUUGAACAGCAGAAGACCUUACAGAGCAAGGAGGCAGAAGUGUCAAGAAUAAAGAACCAGCUUGCUCAGUUGUCCAAGAACCAGCAAAUGAUUGUGAACCAGAAGAAUCAAUUCCAGCAGCAGCUGAAUAUUGUGCGGUCAGAGCUUCACAAGACCACAGAAGAGUUCAAAAAGCUUACAAUGGAGAAAAAUCGUAUUCAGGCUCAGAGUGGUGAGGAGUUCAAGAGAGUAAACAUGGAAAAGGCUCGCCUACAGCAACAGCUAGUGGCAACCCAAGAACGUGUGCGCAGUUUAGAAACAUCUUCACAACAUGCACAAGCUACUCAUCAGCAGGAGAUGAGCAAGGCUCAGGAACAGCGCAAUAGGGAGCAACAGCAGGAGAGGCAACAGAUUAUGGACCUUAAACAGCGAGAGGAUGCUCUCAAAAAUCACCUUGAUGCUACCAGAAAGGAAGCUGAAAGCCUUUCAGAGAAGGUCAAAGAUGCUGAGACAAAAUUAGCUGAUGCUCUGAAGAAGGCUGAUAAUUUUGAAAAACAGGCUCUCCAGUUGCGUAAGAUUGCCACUAAAUAUAAGAAGGCUGCUGAAGGAGGCUCAGCAACUGCAGCAAGUACUACUGGGGAUGGCAGUGAAGAACCUGCUAGUGGAGGGACAAUGGUCUCAGUUGAGAAAUUAAAGGAGUAUGAAGAAACCAUUGCAAGCCUUCGCCAGAAGCAGGAGAAAGCACAGGAAGAUGCUACCAAGCUGCAAUACCUCAUCUUAGACACCUACUGUGACACAAACUAUGUGUCUGACUAUAGAUCAUAG